ACCAAAAGCGAUUGCUGCAGGUGUAACCUUUAUCAUCUGGGUCUCGAUAUGGAUUUGAAGGGUGAUACAGAGGAAACGCUCAUCCUCGUGGGCGUCUUCGGUGUUUUGACAAUCGGCUUAAUGGCUCUGCGCCUCUUUAUGCGCAAGUUCCGACAGCAGGCGUUCACUCUGAGUGACUAUCUCACCAUGGUAUGCGUCGUCUUUAUCUUUGCUCGGUCCGCAUUUACCACUGUCGUCUUACUCUGGGGAAAUAACAACAUGAAAAGACCGAACCCAGGUCUGAGCUCUACUGAGAUUCAUCGUCGGGAGAUCGGCAGUAAAUUGACACUGGUCAAUCGAGCCGUAUACAACACAUAUCUUUGGAUCCAGAAAGCUGUUGUCUUGCUCCUGUGCGAGCGCAUAUUGGCUGGUCUUCCAUGGCCAGAGAGAAUAGUAAAGUUCUAUUGGGCCGUACUGUUUGGCAGUCUAGUGGCAGUCCAAGUGACUACCUUUGCAGAAUGCAAGCCUUUCCGUCUCUACUGGCAGGUUAUGCCCGAUCCAGGAACCUGUAUCAAAGCAAAUGUUCAACUCAUUACCCUAGUCUCCCUGAACAUUACCACUGAUGCAAUGCUGAUUCUGCUGCCCAUGCCGUGGCUGCUUAGGAUUAAGCGAUCUUGGCUCCAACGUCUUCAAUUGGUCGGGCUCUUUUCUAUCGGUUUUUUACUUAUUGCCAUCGCCAUCGUCCGUCUUCCUUACUAUGCUGAGAGCACGGCGCAGGUCAAUCGGAAUACCUGGGGCUCCGUCGAGCAAUUUUUCGCCGCCUUUGUCGCCAAUGUACCCACAUUAUUCACCUUGAGACGGAAGAAAGAAGAUAACACCACGAUCCCAAGCUACCCAUCGGCCCUGGCAUCAGGGGGGCGGUCAACGAGGUCGGGGUUUCGACAAUUUGAUGACACUAUCUUGGUCACAGAUAGCAUACAAUUGGAGUAUUCAAGUCAGGAGAGAGAUCGAAAACCGGACAGCAAGUUUCCUAGGCAAACAAGUGAUGAAAAUCUCAUUCGAAAUGACAACGACCUUGGUGGCUGGAAAAAAAGUGGAUGAUUCAGAAGGCCAGGCGCUGAUUGUCACCGAUUGUUGCAUUCACAGUCGUGCCAAAUUCAGCAUGUAGCUGGUAUACAUACGAAGUAUGGUGUCAAAUGCUGGAAAGCAAUAACCAGUUCAGUGCUUCUUUAUCCCCGUCUCUGUAUAACACAGAUCAGAUGGACGCACAACUUCGACGGUCGUACCUGACGGACUUCACCAUUAGGAACAUCCGCAUUAGAUAUAGAUACAACGCAAAGACACAACGACCUCGAAAAUUGGCAGAUGAUAGAAUUACCAUUUCUGAAUAAAAUCCCCAAAUUUAAAAAGAAAAUAUCUGUUCCUUAUUC